AUGGAGGACGAGUCAUGGCGCGAGGACGCAGAUGAUCUGGGAGAGGAUGACAACGAUGCUGAUGGGGAUGACAUGGAAAUCUUGCAUCCCGAUCACCCGGCGAUGCAGCGCGUUCAGCGCGCCUUGGAGGCACAGCUCAAGCAGCGUCAGCAAGAGGUCUCGGAGGAGCUGGCUGACCAGAACAAUAACCUCAAGCAGGAGACCAAACGACGUGAACAGCUCGGCGUGGAGCUGUAUGGCGUUCAGCAACAGCUGGCCGCCCUCCAGGCUCGCCUCGAGAAUGCUGCUGAUGGAAAAGACGUGCACGCUGAGCGCCGCGCCGCCGUGGAGCAAGCUCUCCACGAGACGCAACAGUUGCACGAUCAAAUCAACAAGGAGCUCAAGGCCAAGCGUUCUGCUGCGGAGCAAGCCCAGCGUGAGUUUGAUGAGCUGCGGAGUCAAGUAAUCAUGUUUGAGCAGCACGCUGAUGAGCUCUCCUCCGAAGUCAAGGGCGCUAAGCGUGCUGCGCUCAAGGCCAAUCGUGACCAGGAUAAGAUUGAACAAGCCAAGCAGGAGCAGGAUCUCUUUGUCGAUCGCCUUCGUGAGCGCCUCAAAGAGCUCGAACGAGAGAUUGUUGUGAAGAAGAAGCAAAAAGAGGCCCAAGCUGAGGAAACAGCCUCUGCACGAGAUGCCCUUCGCGAAGCGCAGGCAGAGAUCGAUGAGAUUGUGAUGCGUCGUAAAGAGGUGACCAGCCUUUGGCAAGCCUCCCAGCAGGGUCUGACCAAGCGCAACGAGGCCCUCGCUAACAUGCAACAGCAAGCACGUGAGCAACAGCAAGAGCUCUUUGCCAAGCAACUCGAGGUGGAAGGCCUUGAACGCCUUGUUCGCCAGGCCCAGGAGCGACACGAACAGUUGAGUGCACAACUGACCCGCCUGCAAAACGAGUAUGCUAGUCAAAAGAAGAAGCUUGAGGCCUUGCUGGCCAAGCAGGAUGAGGUCCAGCAAGAGUACACAGUGGUCAGCAAAGCUCUACAACAAGUCGAGGAGCAGCUUGCUCGUCAUGAGCAGCAGAUCAACAUUCGCACCUCGGAAUUGAACAUGGCCCGCGACAAGGUGGAUCGUUUGUCACGCGAUCAAGUUGCGUUGGAAGAGCGACUGGUCGGGCACAUGCAAGACAAGUUGACGGUGGAUGCAGCAGGGCGCAAUGUCGGUCACCGCAUUCAGGGUGUCCGGAAGCAGAUUGCAGAGCAGGAAGCCUUGCUUGCUGAGGCAGAAAAUACCGUCGCGCGACACAACUUGACUGCCAACGAACAUGAGGCUGACAUUGAGCAGAUGGAAGAGACACGCCGCGAGCUUGUGAAGAAUGAACAGGCGUUGGGUCAAGAGGUGGAGACAGCUGAGAAAGACAUGAAACAAAACUACAUUUUCAUCGAACGCAAGCAGAGUCAAAUUGAUCGUCUCAAUAAGCGCAUUGGCACGCUUCGUGCGCGUCUAGCGGAGGAGGGCGCUGGAAACGAAGAUCUCUCGCCUGCUCAGAUUGAGGUUUCCAACUAUCGACGAGAGAUUAACGCUACCAUCGAGGAAAACAAUGUGCUGCAAGGCCGAUGGCUGUCUCGCCAGAGUGAGCUUGUGGCACAGGAGCGCCGUCUUGAGGCGGAGCAAAAACAGCUCGACGAGCUUCGCACGAAGCAUCAGGUGCUCUCGGAGCGUCAAUAUCGACUCGACGCGGAAACGGAGCAGCGUCGCGGUGAGAUCCGCGAUCAGGAACGCCUGUUCAAGCAGCUGCAAAAUGAACUUGUCAAGCUCAACACUCUGGUGACCAGUAAUCGCGGCAAACAAGAAGAUUUGCAGCAAAACCAUCAACUCAUGGAAGCCGAUUUCGUUCGCCAGCUGCGCGAGGAAGAGGCGCUAUGUGUGCAUCUGCAGUCUGAGCUGCAACAGAUCGAAGAAGAGCGCACACGCCUUCUCAACGCCGUGGUUGAGGCUGAGCGUCAGCUGCUGCUCUGGGAGAAGAAGAUUCAGUUGGCCAAGGAAACCAAAGCGGAACUCAAUCAGAAUGAGGGUGCCGAUGAGCUGAACAGUAUGCGCGGCGAAAUCCACCGCAUGACGCUGCGACUUGCUCAACUCGACCGUCAAAAGGAAGAGCUGAUCAAAGAGAUGGAGCGCUCCGUUGAUCGGCGUGGCACCAUCGGAAGCAAGGCACGACUGGCUGCAAAGAAAGGACAGCCCACCUCGCAGACAGUGCAGAAGGAGGUGCUGGAGCUGAAGCGCAAGGUUAAGCAGGCUAUUGCGGACGCUCGUCAUGCGCAGGAGAACAUUGCUGAGGCUGAUGCAGAGACUGAGGCAGUGCAACGAAGCGUUGAGGAGUAUCGACAGGAGACAGCCCAACUGUCCAGCCAGUACAAGCAGCUGCAGGAGCGAGUCAUGUCUCUUCAUGGCGAGCGCCAACAGAACUUGGAGACAUUGGUUCACCACCAAGAUACGAUCAAGUAUUUUGAAGGCGUGGAGGCAGGGCGGCAGCGCCGCCGUUACAAAGAUCCAGAAGUCUACCCUUCAAAGCUUGAGGCGCAGGAGAACAAGUUGCAGGCGCUUCAUGGCGUGGUGGACUACAUGCUCAACAUCGAGCCUGAGGCUAGGCCAAUGCUGGAGAGCAUCAAGUCUCUCAUCGGUUUACAGCUGCAGGUCUCCCAUAAAACCAUCUAA